AUGACGUACGGUUGUCUUGCCGUUUGGUACUACGUCUCCAUCUUCCUCCAGCAGGCGAGCCACGAAGAGACCGGCGCUGCCACGGCAAAGGGCCAGUUGAGCAUACUCGACCGGGACGGGAUGCCAUCCUGCACCAAACACAUAACAGAGCGCACCUUCAAGGGGCCUCCCUUCGGCUGGGGCGAAAUAGACUUCGUGAAACGCGACGAUCUCGACAAGGACAGGCAUCUCCACGACGGCUGCCUCACCGUCCUUUGUGACGUCACCGUCACGCAGCACUACGCGGACGACCAUGUCGAGGUUGCCGCACCAGCAGCGCCGCCGUUCGACCUGCGCGGGCAACUCGCAGAAGCCAUGUGGAACAUCAAGAAAGUAGAUGUCCAGAUCGAGGUCGGCGGGGAGACGUUUCCCGCGCACCGGUGGGUGCUUGAGGCCCAAUCGCCCGUCUUCAAGACGGAACUGUCGCUCGCCUCGACCGCCGACAUGACCACCAAGCUACGCAUCGAUGACAUGGACGCCGAGGUGUUCAAGGCUCUGCUCCGGUUCAUGUACACGGACUCGCCUCCGGAGACGAGCCAGCUCCAGGAGGCGGCGAUGGCGGAGAAGAUUCUUGUCUCCGCGGACAGGUAUAAGCUGGACAAGCUGAAACUCAUCUGCGAGAAGGCGCUGUGUCAGCACAUCGACAUGACCUCUCUGGCUGCCACUCUAGCGUUGGCCGAGCGGCACCGUUGCUCCGUGCUGACCGCGGCGUGUAUCAAGUUCCUCUCUUCCCCUGGUAAUCUCGAAGCGUUCAUCGCGGCGGAUGGGAUCAAACAGCUAAAGGAACGUUGCCCCUCUGCUCUGUUGGAUCUCGCGGUGAAGAACUGA